CGCAACAUCCCGACUGGCCGAGGCUGGUGAUCGUAAGGAGCGGUAGCGACAAAACACGGAUGAAUUAGAAAACCACGGCCAGCCCUCUUUUCUUUCAUUUAUUCCGAUAGAGAAGAGUCGGGCUGUAAACACUGCUGCUCAUCUUGACAGUGUGAAGCGGAUACAAGGCUUCCAGUGUGCAGAUUCACCAUGGGGAUCAAGGCUGCCCUCCCCAGAUAUGAGCUGUAUCUCUACAGAGUCGUUCUCGUCGGGGCCUUGAUAUGGGCAGGCAGUUGGAUACUCGAGGCUUCAAGUGAGAGUGUAAACAGAAAGGCCUUCAAGGAAAGCGUGAAACCAGGAUGGCAUUACUUUGGCAGGAAAAUGGAUGUUGCGGACUUUGAGUGGAUGAUGUGGUUCUCUACUUUCCGUAACCACAUCCUUUUUGCUCUCGCCGGUCACGUUAUCUUUGCCAAGAUAUUCACCCUGAUAGCUCCAAAGAUUGGUAUAGAAGGAUGUAAGCACAGAUCCUUGAUCUUUGGUGUGUAUGGGGGUUUGGCGGUCCUGGUGACGAUGGGCUGGACCUUCAUGGCUCUGGUUCUGUCUCACUGCAUCAUCCUCUACAGUGUCGCUCUGGUCAAGAGCAAGUGGUUGAGCUUUGCGGCCGGCCUGGCCACACUAGCCUCCAUCAAGCUGGAGCCUUAUAACUCCUGGCAGGAAUCCUUAGUGACCGGCUCCUUUGACCUGCAAGACAUCCUGUUUUACGGAGGCUGUGGCUUCAGCAUCAUGCGUUGUAUGAGCUUCGCUUUAGAGAACUGUGAGAAGAAGGACGGAAACUACACUUUCUGUGACCUGCUGAAAUACAACUUCUACCUCCCCUUCUUCUUCUUUGGACCCAUCAUGACCUUCGAUAAGUAUCAUGUCCAGGCGAACAACACCCAGCUGACCCGUAAGGAGAGAGAGAUGUGGAACAUCACCACCAAGGCUUUGUUGCACCUUGGAGGGAUUCUGGUGGUGGACGUCUUCUUCCACUACCUCUACAUCCUGACAAUCCCUACUGACUUGAAGCUGGUUUCCAAGCUGUCCGACUGGUGUCUGGCUGGUUUGGCUUAUUCCAACCUGGUGUAUGACUGGGUGAAAGCAGCCAUGAUGUUUGGAGUCAUCAACACCGUGUCUACACUGGAUCACCUGGACCCUCCUCAGCCCCCCAAGUGUAUCACCAAGCUCUAUGUCUUUGCUGAAACGCACUUUGACAGAGGCAUCAACGACUGGCUGUGCAAGUAUGUUUAUGACUUCAUCGGUGGGGACCACGAUAAAAUCUUUAAGGAGCUCCUGGCAACCAUCUGCACCUUCGCCAUCACCACUCUGUGGCUGGGCCCGUGUCAGCUGGUCUAUAUCUGGUCCUUCUUCAACUGCUUCGGCCUCAACUUUGAGUUGUGGGUCGCCAAGUUCUUCUCCCUGCCUCCAUUUUCUACCAUAGAGGGUGCAAUGGGUGAAGCCAUGUCGCGCAGGAUCCGAGGUGUGUUCAAUGCGGCCAACUUCUGGGCCAUCGUCCUCUACAAUGUUCUCGCUCUGAACAGUUUGGAGUUUGCCAAACUGGUGGGAAGACGGCUGAUUUUCAAAGGUUUCCCUCUGUCCACCCUCUCAGUGUUACUCGUGACCUACUGUGGCGUGCAGGUGGUGAAGGAGAGUGAGAGACAACAAGCCCUGCUGGAGGAGCCGGAGCCCGUGAAGCCAGAAGACGGAGGCAAAGAAAAAGCCGAGUAAACAGACAGAGAAAGCGGACUUUCACUGACUUCACGGUCGACAGCGCCUCCCUCACAUUGCUCCGUCCUCGGCCUUGCGAACCACACCGAAUCUGACUGUAACAUUCAGUCGACAUCUAUAAUGUUCACAAGCCUGUUUUUGCUUUUGUUUGUCAGAAGCGAGGCAAUGUUUUGAACUGUGAAAAGAAAUCCUCAAGUGCACUUGCUGUAGACAAUCACCACGUCCUUUGGCACAAACCAACCGAAUGUGCAUUUUGUAUUUUAUCUCAACUAAAAAUUGUUUAACUAAAGGAAGGCCUGCCUAACAUGAAUGAGGCUAAACAUAAAAGUAAAUUUAAGGACAUGCAGUAUUGUAAAGGAACAACUACUUUGCUCUGUGUGGUUGUUUCCUGUGAUCAGUUUCAGUUUUUUCUUAGACCCUUUUUUUAAUCAUAUUCUGAGUGACAGGAUUUUUCUUCUGUCAGACAGUGUCUUAAUUUGCCUUACACACAUUACAUCCCAAUCUACAUGAUGUUAACAACACUGAAAGGGUUCAAAACUUUAAGAAUCUUAAAGUCAGGGACACAUGAGUGCUAUGAAGACAAUAAAAGUUUGGUGCUGCAAGUGUACAGUAUAUUUACUCUACUGUCACCUAGCUAAUAUACAAGUCAUUAUGUCAAGGAGAGUCUAUUUUAGAGGGGAUUAAGAAUGUACUGGACCUCCUAGGAUUGCGAAAGAUUGAAUGUAGUUCAACCGUCUUGACAGCUUUACUGUACAAAAUAAGAUUUGCUGUUUGUGUGACAUUUGGUCAUGUCUUCCUCCGCCCUCUUUCACAUGAUCCAGGCCCUCUGUCGCUGUGAAAGGCGAUCGGCCCACUCAGACUCCUCCUGCCUGUCACUAAAAGCUGCUGUGUGCCCUCAGUGCAGAAGGCUGAGAGAGGACCUGAAUGCACAGACUACUACCUUUUAUUCUUUGUAGGGUAUUAUGAAAGGGUGUUUAAUUUAAAGAUUAAAGAUGUUACUUUAAACACGUUUUUUUCCUUCAUCACAAAGUUUACAAGUUAAGCUCUAAGUUUCAUUUGUGUCAGUAUGUUUUAUUCUGGUAAGCAUGUCUUCAUUAAAACAUUUCAAAAAUC